GGAGCGGGCCCGGGAGGACGGCGGCCCUCAGCGGUGGCGGGCGGGAGAGGAGCCGCCAGGGCGGGCGGCGCCGGGCCGAGUGCCCCCCCCUCCCCCCCGAGGCCGCCGCCUCGCCCGGUUGGGGCCUCUCCGCCGCGGGACGGGCAGCCCCCGCGCCUCAGGCGUCGCGGCGCUGCCGCAGGCGACAGCCCUGCCCGCCGCUCCCGGCCGUGCCCCGGCGGGCGGCCCGGGCCGUCUCCGCUGGCUCUCCCGCGGCCGUCCCGGAAGAGACGGAUGGGGUUUUUUUCACAGGAGAGCCGGAGGCCUCUGGUUGUCGGGGUUUGCGACCCGGCUGCGGCGUGUCGGAUUUCUCAGUGAGGGGAAGCGGGGCGGGUUUGUAACUCUCGCAGGGGGCACAAAUCCCGAAGCUGCAGCAGAAGUGAGCCGAUCGGAAUUAUUGGUGGAACUGGCCUGGAUGAUCCGGAUAUCUUAGAAGGAAGAACAGAAAAAUAUGUUGAUACUCCUUAUGGCAAGACAUGGAAGGCAUCACACAAUUAUGCCAUCGAACGUCAAUUACCGUGCCAAUAUCUGGGCAUUAAAAGAAGAAAAUUGUUCACAUGUAUUAGUGACUACUGCCUGUGGCUCUUUACGAGAGGAAAUACAACCUGGUGAUCUUGUCAUAAUUGACCAGUUCAUUGACAGGACAACUAAAAGACAUUGUACUUUAUACGAUGGGCAACAUUCCUCUCUUCCAGGAGUAUGUCAUAUUCCAAUGGCAGAGCCGUUCUGCACCAAAACCAGAGAGGUUCUUAUUGAGACUGCCAAGAAGCUUGGGCUCCAGUGUCAUUCCAAGGGGACAAUGAUCACAAUCGAAGGCCCACGUUUCAGUUCUCGAGCGGAAAGCUUGAUGUUUCGCAGCUGGGGAGCUGAUGUUAUCAACAUGACCACAGUGCCUGAAGUGAUUCUUGCAAAAGAAGCUGGAAUGAGUUAUGCUAGUAUUGCCAUGGCAACAGAUUACGACUGCUGGAAGGAACAUGAAGAAGCAGUGUCAGUGGAUAAAGUUUUAAAGACGCUGAAAGGGAAUGCAAAUAAGGCUACUAGCGUACUCCUUACUGCUAUACCUCAGAUAGGUUCCAUGGAAUGGACUGACACCCUGCACACCCUGAAAACAACAGUGCAGUGUUCAGUCCUCCUGCCAAAGCAGUAACAACCUGGAUGGACCUUGAAGUUUGGGUGCUCACAGGGAAGAGUGGAUCACUUUCAAACUUCCAGAGUUUAUAAUAUCUUCAAGAGUCGUUACAAGUGUAAAAGAAUGGAGUAAAUGUUGACCGAUGAUAAUGUAUAAGACAGCUUUUAUAACCUUUGUCAUGCUUCAUAACGUAUAAGAUGGCUGAAUUUAGAUUUUUGAGUAUGUUUUAAACUAGGAAUAGCCUUACCGUCAAGCUGGAUCAGACAGUGGCCGAAGAAAAAAGUCAGCAGCAAGUUGUCAUCCUCUAUUCAGUGAUACCUUUAGUUGAUGGAAGAAAGGAAAGGCUAGGUAAUACUCUGUUGCAAUUUUGUAAGAUAUAAGAAAGCAGAUUCACAGGUAUGCUAUUUGCUUUGCAAUUUCUGCCUCCCAUCUUUUCCUUUGACAAGGCAAAUGCUUACAGUUCACUCCAGAAACAUACCAGAAAAACCGAACAGGCCAUUUCAAAUUAUACUAUUUUUAUACAUUAUCCGUAUUUUUUAUUUCAGUAGUUUUUUUUUUAAAGCAGUGGGUUUUGUUUGUGUGCUAGAAGACAUGGUUUAAUAAUUGUGAUUCUUUCAGAGCAGCAGUUGUGUAAUGAAUGAAUGUUCUUAUUUAGGUAAUGCCAAAGUCAAAUUUGUGCCUGAAGAUUUACUUAUGUGACUUACAGAACGGUACAGAAAAGUACUUUGCUUCCAGUGUCCUGAACACUGUGCUGGCCUUUUGCUGCUUCAUUGAUGUGAAAAACUCCAGGUUUAGUUUCUGUUUUAAGUGAUGAAUGUGCUCAAGUGCUUUGAAUGUAUGCAUUUCUUUUUUUAAUACAAUUUGACUUCAGUAAAAUAAUCUGCAGCUUCUUGUCUAGUAAAUAAAACAAAUGAAACCUAUGCUUCUCCAAACUGUG